UCCAUGUUACUCAAAGAAGGGCUUGGCUUGUCCCCUCUGGCACGUUUCCUUUUGAGUAGUAGAAUCGGUAAUCGGCGACGUCGCUCCUGUUGGAAAGCGUUAGCUAAUAGAUCUCUCAGCUCAGCUGACAUCCAUGGUCAUGGGAAACUCGGGGAAUUUAGAUGCGGCCAUAGAGAAGUUGUUGAAUGAAGAGAAGCAUGGGAGGCUCGCCGGGGACGUUGCCGUCACAAGGAAGGCCGUCACCGAUAUUCUCCGGCUCUGCCUUGAGGCGCGAGACUGGAAAACUCUCAACGACCAGAUUGUUCUCUUGUCCAAACGACGUGGUCAGCUUAAGCAGGCUGUCACAGUAAUGGUCCAGCAGGCAAUGCAAUAUAUUGAUGAAACACCAGAUAUUGAAACACGUAUAGAACUCAUCAAAACCUUGAACAGUGUAUCUGCAGGGAAGAUAUAUGUUGAGAUUGAGAGAGCUCGAUUGGUCAAAAAACUUGCCAAGAUUAAGGAGGAACAAGGGCUUAUAGCUGAAGCUGCUGAUUUGAUGCAAGAAAUUGCGGUGGAAACUUUUGGUGCCAUGGCAAAAACUGAGAAAAUUGCUUUCAUUCUUGAACAAGUUCGUUUGUGCCUAGACCGUCAAGAUUAUGUUCGUGCACAAAUACUUUCAAGAAAAAUUAGUACGAGAGUAUUUGAUGCUGAUGCUUCAAAGGAAAAGAAAAAACCUAAAGAAGGUGAUAGUGUUGUUGAAGAAGCUCCUGCUGAUAUACCAUCUCUGCCAGAGUUGAAGCGGAUGUAUUACGAAUUAAUGAUUCGGUAUUAUUCCCACAAAAAUGAUUAUCUUGAAAUUUGUCGUUGCUACAAGGCAAUAUACGAAAUUCCAUCUGUCAAAGAAAAUCCUGCCGAGUGGAUUCCAAUCCUGAGGAAAAUAUGUUGGCACUUGGUUCUAGCACCACAUGAUCCAAUGCAAUCAAGUCUUCUCAAUUCCACCUUGGAGGAUAAGAAUCUGUCUGAGAUUCCAAACUUUAAAUUACUGUUGAAACAGUUGGUCACCAUGGAGGUUAUUCAAUGGACAAGCCUUUGGGAUGCAUACAAGAAUGAGUUUGAAAAUGAAAAGAAUCUUGGAAAGUCUUUGGGUGAAAAAGCAGCAGAAGAUCUGAAGGAAAGAAUAAUUGAACAUAAUAUUAUUGUCGUAUCAAAGUACUAUGCAAGGAUUACUUUGAAGAGACUUGCAGAGCUUUUGUGUCUCAGUGUUCAGGAAGCUGAAAAGCAUCUGUCAGACAUGGUUGUGUCCAAGGCACUGGUUGCAAAGAUUGAUAGGCCCACCGGAAUAGUUUGUUUCCAGACUGCUAAGGAUAGCAAUGACAUUCUCAACUCAUGGGCAGCAAACUUAGAGAAAUUGCUUGAUCUUGUGGAGAAAAGUUGUCAUCAGAUACACAAAGAAACUAUGAUUCAUAAAGCUGCUUUGAAGGCUUAAGGACGCCCAUAUCACCAAUUAAAGUUGCAGGUUGAACCCCAUUAUAGAUGUGACUUUGACUUGAGGUGCCUUACAUGUUCUUUUGAAUUGUGACUGAUUACAUUGGUGAGGAUUUUGCAUUAAGCGGUAUGCCUCUUUUGUUUUUUUAUUUCCUUUUGUAUUCGUCAUUCAUGUAAUCAGGGUAGAGCUGGAUAUAUUAUUCUCUUACUGUUGUACACUACUCGUACAUACCUUAACCGCUGACUUGUGACAGGAUUCUCAAACCGGAUUAGUUUGUAGCAUUGGGCAGAAAUUGAGCCCUGUUCAUUUAUAAUUAUCUAUUUAAUUUUCUCA